CACCGCCCGCCAAGAUGGUGAAUGUUAUGAAAGGCGUGUUGGUCGAGUGCGACCCGGCGAUGAAACAGUUCCUGCUACAUUUGGACGAUACCAACGCUUUGGGAAGAAGUUUGUGUUACAAGACCUAGACGACACUCAUAUGUUUAUUUCGGCGGAUAUUGUUGAAAUAUUACAGGACAAAAUUGAUGACUUAAUGGACAGACUAUCGUUCCCUCUGGCGGAGAAGUGAACUGUUUUCUGUGCCCAUAUCACGUAUUUCAGAAAUCUUUCCCGAAACAAAACCGUGUCUGUGUCUGGUUCAUAUCAUUAAUUGUACAGGGUUAGCACUAAUACGAAGUUGGAUUGUAUUUUAAUUCACGAAGGCGUUCGCAAGCUCAGAAGAGGAGGGGAAGUAACUCUGCUUGAUGGAGACCCAGACCUCAGUCUGGCAGUGGAGACCCCAGAAGAGGCCACGAGACAUACGAGACCAGUUCUUUGAGGACGGCGACCGAUUCUGUUGUUACUCCGUCAAACAGUUGCCCCAGGAGACAGACAAAGAGGACAGCAAGAGGAUACCUCUGUUCCCCUGUAGCAUAGCAGGAUGCCCCGAGACCUUCGAUACACUCCUGGGGUAUGAGAGUCACUACAACAGUGUCCACCGUCACACCUGUAGCGAGUGUCGACGCUCCUAUCCGUCCAACCACUUACUGGAGAUACACCUGAGAGAAGCCCAUGAUCCUCUCUUCUCACUCCAGUCUGGGGAUAAGUUUGUAUGUCUGGUUCAAGGAUGUGAGCAGAAGUUCGCUGCCCCGAAGAUCCGGAAGAACCACAUGGUCAAGAAGCACAAGUACCCCGCCAACUACAGAUUUGAUAGAGCUAAACCAGGUAAGGCAGCUGUGAGGCAGAGUAAGGCAGGGGGUGACAUGGAUAGUGAUCGACAGAGUCAGACCAGGGUUAACAGUGCAAGUGAUCGACAGAGUCAGGCCGCGGGGGACUCAGGAACUGGUGGCCAGAAUGAGGCUGGUGAUGACAUGGAGGUGACCAUGGUGGAGAAGGAAAACAUUCCCCAAGAAGGCGUCGUCAGACGUGUGUUCACUUACAAAGUGCCUCAGAAUAUAUGUUUUGGUCAUGGGUCUACACGGAGCUUCCAGAGACCUCGGGGUCGCCGGAAACCCAAACACUGGCACCAGUCCAACAUGGAGACAGACACAAGUGUCCACAUUGAGAACGUUGACAUGGGGGAACUGAAAGAUGCACUUGAAUGAGUAACGUCAUAAACACAGCUGUAGGCUGAAUCUUACAUACAUUCAUGUCACUACGUCACCCACUGUGAAGCAACAAAGUAUGUAACUUGUGGUCGGUGCCGGUGUGGUCGGUGCCAGUGUAGUC